AUGCAAAGCUAUUCUAGAACUUCCAGACAAUAUAAAACAACUGAGUUGGGACUUUCCAAUGGAACACGUGGCGUGUUUCAUCAACUUGUCUAUGAGGAAUGUCUUCAGCAAACUCAACCAUAUGAGAACAACUUCCUGGAACAUACAAAAUUUGUAUUACAACCGAAAUAUGCUUUGGUGGAAUUUCCGAGCUGCAAGCUUGACUAUGCGUUGUCUAAANGAUUAGACAUCUAUAUUCAUUUAUCAGCAUUAGCUGUAAAAUCUAUCUUUUUCUUUUUGCAUAUAAACAGCGCCAACAAGACUUCCAUACGCGAAUCAGGAUGGUUUAAACCGAUUGUCAUCGCGUCAGUGAUUUUCGUAAUUACCAUUAUCUUAAUUUUGGUAAUCGCCCUUCCAAUAGCAUUAACACCAAAAACGGAUGCUACAGAUACAAAGACAAUCAAAACAACAACAAUCACAACAACAACUUCAACUGCGACUACAAGAACAACAACAACAUCACCAUUAUCAUCAUCGUCAUCAUCAACAACAGCGACAACAACAGCAACAGCAACAGCAACAAACACAACAACAGCAACAACAACACAAGGACUAAGAAUUUCUGAUGAUAACACUGUAGAAACACAAGAUGACGAAAUGCAAAUUGAACCGAUCACUGCUCAGAUCCCUACAAGUUCAUUGAAGGAUCAAAUAUCAACAGUUUCACCUGUGAGUACAGUUGAAACUGUUCUGUUGCCAAGCGAAUCAGAUAUUAUCGUGAAAUUCACAUUGAAUAAACAGCAAUCAUUCGCAUUCAAGAUUGUUUGUGAUCAUCUCGACGGCGACUAUUCAUCGCGAAAUGAUACUCUUAACGGGCAACUACUGAUGUGUGUACUUGGUUGUGGCGGCACUGGGAAGACCCAAUUAAUUCGAGCAAUUACUAACUAUUUUCAACUAACCAAUCGAUGUAAAAUGUUGCGUAAAUUGAUGAUCCAACAAUUCAUUCAUUCCUGGGUGAAAGUCGCGAUGCAAAAUUGGAGAAUGAAUGGCGUCAGACUCAAUCGAGUUGUGAAACCGGCGAAACACGUAAACCCCGAAGCGCCUUUUGGUGGUGUUAACAUGAUCUUCUUCGGAGACUAUUUGCAAUAUUCUCCAGUGCUAGACAAAGCUCUCUAUCAAAGUUGUUCGUCCAUGCAACAGCACAACGAUCGUCAAAUUGAUAUACAACGUGCACAGAAAGUUAUGUCUCAAAUAAAUUGUGUUGUAAAACUGGAGCAACAGAUGCGAACGGAAGGUGCUCCUAUCCUGGUGUUUCGCAACACUGUUCGAACUCAAAUCAAUAAUCGAGCUGUUUUGAACAAGGCUAUUGGAUUAGGAGUAACACACAUUGUAUGCGUUCCACAAGAUUAUGUCAAAGGUACUAUGAUUGAUGGUCCACGCCUGUGCAAAGCUAUUCUAGAACUUCCAGACAAUAGAACAGAGCAUCUUCCAGGAUAUUUACCACUUGUUCCGGGUAUGCCUGUUUUACUGACCGAAAAUAUUGCAACUGAGUUGGGACUUUCCAAUGGAACACGUGGCGUGUUUCAUCAGCUUGUCUAUGAGGAAUGUCUUCAGGACACUCAACUAUAUGAAAACAACUUCCCGGAACAUACAAAAUUUGUAUUACAACGGAAACAUGCUUUGGUGGACUUUCCGAGCUGCAAGCUUGACUAUGCGUUGUCUAAACUCGAGCAAAAGAUAAUUCCUAUCUGUCUUAGUGAACCAACUUUCCAAUUUGAUGUAAAAGAGCUUCUAACUAAAACGCUUCCUCUCCUACCAGCAUACAGCAUAACAACACAUAAGGGUCAAGGUCAAACUCUUGGAAAAGUUAUUAUUGAUCUCGUUGUACCACCUGGCCCGGUUGAAAUCGCAUCGACUUAUGUUCCGUUGUCACGUGUUAAACGCUUGAAAGAUUUAUUAAUUCUUCGUCCUUUUAAGUUAGACACAGUUGCUAAAGAAACGUUGAAACAUUACAAUGUUAUUAAAUGA